AUGGAGAACUUCUUCAAGCGCAAGGAUCCGCCGCCGGGGGCGCCCGCCGGCGGCCCCAACCCGAAGACCGCGUGCACGUCGUCGACGUCGCCGUCGUCCUCGUCCGCGCCGCGAUGGUCCACGCACCACGACGCGCUCCUCGCGAGGACGGAAGCGGCGUGCGCGCCGUGCGCGAAGAUCGCCGCGUUCGACCUCGACGACACGCUUCAAAAAACGAGAAGCGGACAGAAGGGAUACAUGGUCACGGACGUGAACGACUUCGUCGACUGGUCCGCGGACGUCGCGCCGACGCUCAGACGACUGCACGCGACGGGGUAUAAGAUCGUGAUCUUCUCGAACCAAGGCGGCGUCAAGGGCGCGAUGACCGGGAAGAGGGCGGACGUCGUCCGGCGACGGAUCGACGCGUUCGCGCGCGCGGCCGGCGUCCCGCUGCAGGCGUUUUGCGCGACCCAGAAAGGGGUCGACAAAGACCCGCGAAGCUACCGGAAGCCCGGCGCCGGGAUGUGGAAGCUCGCGACGAGCGCGGCGUUCAACGGCGGCGUGGAGGUGAACGUCGCGGAGUGCUUCUUCGUGGGGGACGCCGCGGGGCGGGCGGGCGAUUUCUCCGCGUCGGACAAAGAGUUCGCGGCGGGCGCCGGCGUGCGGUUCAUGACCCCGGAGGAAGCGUUCAACGCGCCGGGGUGUGCGCCCGCGGGUCCAGGCGACGGCGGCGGACGCGAGGACGGCGAAGGCGCCGCCGAGGAUGCGAACACGAAGAUGGAGUCGGCGGUGUGCGCGAAGGAGGGUGGCGAGGGCGUCAUCGUCAUCGACGACGACGACGACGAGGUCGAUAAAAAAAUGGCGUCUCUCCGCGACGACACGCCGUGA